AUGUCGGACAGCCAGAAGGUUAUCAUUGUGUUCAAGGAGGGCGGCAAGCUUGGUGACACUCUGGCGCUCAUCAACGGCAUCUCUGCCACCAUUCCGAACAGCUUCACCUCAUCGCUGACUGGCCAUGCCGCUAUUGACAGCGUCGAGAACGAUGGUGAGGUGUCCAUUCAGUAA